AUGCACGCCUCCACUGUCGCUCUUGCCCUCUUCGCCGCCACUCAAAUCCUCGCCGCCCCGACCCCGGCCAACAGCAACAACAACGCGCGGUCCCUCUCAGCUAUUGAGAACUUCUUCUCCAACCUCAAGCGUGAUGAAAACCUCGACGCGCGCUCGCUCAACGUCAUCGAGGGUCUCGUGGACGACAUCUUCAACAAACGCUCUCUGUCGUUUCUUGAGAGCCUCUUUUCCAACGACAAGCGCGACGAGCAACUCGACGCUCGUUCACUCACGGUCAUUGAGAACUUCCUCAAUAGCUUCAAGCGCGGCGAGGAUACUGACACUCGUUCGCUGGAGCCCCUCAAGCUUGUCCAAGGUUUCAGGAGUGACCUCGACAAUCGCUCACUCAAGGCUGUCGGUGCGGCGGUUGCCGGCGGUGUUGCAUCUGGUGUCGCCGGUGCUGUUGCCAGCAAUGUUCUUGGGCGCUCCGAGCUCUCGGGCUUGAUGGUCGACACCGAGACUGGCACGAUCUACGCGGACAUUCCCGACGCGAACGAGGUUCGCUCGCUCAAGGCCGUAGGCGCCGCCGUAGCAGGUGGUGUCGCUUCAGGCGUCGCAGGCGCAGUUGCUAGUAAUGUGCUUGGCCGUUUCGAGCCUUCGGGCUUGAUGGUCGACACUGACACCGGCAUCAUCUACAUGGACGUCUCUGAUGCGCCCGAAGGCCGUUCGCUCAAGGCUGUCGGUGCCGCUGUUGCUGGCGGCGUUGCCUCCGGCGUUGCAGGCGCCGUAGCAAGCAACGUUCUUGGCCGCUCUGAACUCUCUGGCUUGAUGGUCGACACCGAGACUGGUGUCAUCUACAUGGAUGUUCCCGACGCGCCCGAAGGUCGCUCUCUUAAGGCCGUUGGUGCCGCUGUUGCCGGUGGCGUCGCUUCGGGCGUCGCUGGUGCGGUCGCGAGCAACGUUCUCGGGCGCUCAGAGUCUGGUCUCAUGGUCGAUACCGAAACCGGUACCAUCUACAUGGACAUCCCCGAUGAAAACGGUGCUCGGUCCCUCAAGGCGGUCGGCGCGGCCGUUGCUGGUGGUGUUGCAACCGGUCUAGCCGGUGCUGUUGCCAGCGAUGUUCUUGGUCGCUCGGAGCCGUCCGGCAUCAUGGUGGACACCGAGACCGGCACGAUCUACAUGGACGUACCUGACGCCAACGAGGGUCGAUCCUUGAAGGCUGUCGGUGCUGCGGUUGCUGGCGGCGUCGCAUCUGGCGUUGCUGGUGCCGUUGCGAGCAAUGUCCUCGGCCGUUCUGAGCUUUCGGGUCUCAUGGUCGACACUGACACCGGCGUCAUCUACAUGGAUGUUCCGGACGAGCUGAACGCGCGCUCGCCCAGGGCGAUUGGCACUUUUAACGCCGGUGGUGCUGCAUCUCUGCUUACCCGUGCUGAUGCCAACGAGGUGUUGGGCAACGACAAGCGCUCGUUAUCCGUCAUCGAAGGUCUCGUCGAUGAUAUCUUCAACAAGCGCUCACUAUCUGUCAUCGAAGGCCUGGUCGACGAUAUCUUCAACAAGCGUUCCAUUGACGACCUUGAGUGA